GUCUCUUCCCCCAUCGAGUGAAGUUGAGCGCGGCCACACAGCGCUGCUGUCUCCUCCAGUGUCACCUUUGCUCCAUCAGCAGCAGCAGCAUCAUCAUCAUCAUCAUCAGCAGCAGCAGCAUCAUCAUCAUCAUCAUCAGCAGCAGCAGCAGCAGCGAGGCUUCACUCACAACCUCUGCCCACAACAGGAGCGCCAUGGCCCGCGUUGUGGUUGACGGGAUGCUGGAGGCGGCCGGCGACGAAGGAAGAGGAGGUAAAGGAGGAUUGAUGCUGAACCGAUGGAGGAGCAAAGCGAGGCGGAAGAAGCGCAAGGAGUUGUUCGGUGUGCAGAUGUGCUUUGCGGGGGCAGCGCUGGGGCUGGUGGCGGGGCUGCAGUGUGUGGCACACAUCGCAGGUUCCCGUGCUUCCACGUCCAUGGCUGAGGAGGAGGAGGCGAGGCGGGGCAGUCGUCACCUUCUCCAUGACGUCUAUUCUGAGCCUGAGAAAAACUGCACUGAACCAGCAAUCCACGAGUUCCCCAGAGAUUAUUUCACCAACCAGGAGCGAGCUGAAGGAGCCGUGGGCCUGCACGUUCUCUGCGCAGUCUACAUGUUCUAUGCUCUCGCCAUUGUGUGUGACGACUACUUCGUCCCUUCACUAGAGAAGUUAUGUGAGCGUCUUCAGCUGAGUGAGGACGUUGCAGGAGCAACUUUCAUGGCCGCAGGCAGCUCAGCUCCUGAGCUCUUCACGUCUGUGAUUGGAGUGUUUAUCACUAAAGGGGAUGUCGGAGUCGGCACCAUCGUGGGCUCAGCUGUCUUCAACAUCCUCUGUAUUAUUGGAAUGUGCGGCAUAUUCACUGCACAGAUGAUCCAUCUGUCCUGCUGGCCUCUACUCAGAGACUCGCUCUAUUACACCCUGUCUAUCUCUGCUCUGAUCGUGUUUAUAUACGAUGAAAAAGUGGUUUGGUGGGAAGCUCUGACGCUGAUUCUGAUGUACUUCGUCUACAUUUUGAUCAUGAAGUUGAAUUCCUAUGUGGUUCAUUUUCUGGAGAGGAGGAGGAAGAACUCGUCCAGUCUGAGGGACAUCGGGGCGAGUAACACUGAGCUGGACGACGGCUGUGAUGCUACAGCUGUUCUCCUGAAGAAAGCGAACCACCACAGGAAGCCGUCGGUGCUGAUGGUGGACGAGCUCCUGUCAGCGUAUCCCCAUCAGCUGUCCUUCUCUGAGGCUGGGAUGAGGAUCAUGAUCACCAGCCACUUCUCACCCAGGACCCGCCUAACCAUGGCGUCACGAAUGCUCAUCACUGAGAGGCAGCGUCUCAUCAACACACACUCUUUGACCAACGGUGACUCCGAUGUUCCAACUAAAGGAGGAAGUAGGCGGGGCAUCGAAAACGGGCUGUCCGGGGCAGAGAGGGGCGUCAGCGCUCACCAUGACGACCAAGAGGCAGGAAAUGAGACGGAGAACGAGGACAACGAGAACAAUGAGAACGAUGAAGAGGAAGAAGAGGGGGAUGGAGACGGACCGCUUGUACCGUUCCAGUGCCCAGUGGGUGUGUGUAAUAAGCUGAAAUGGCUGCUGGCGUGGCCUCUGUGUCUGCUGCUCUACAUCACUGUCCCCAACUGCUCCAAGCCGCGCUGGGAGAACUGGUUCAUGCUCUCCUUCAUCGCCUCCACCCUGUGGAUCGCAGCCUUCUCCUACGUCAUGGUGUGGAUGGUCACAGUUAUAGGCUUCACACUCGGGAUCCCUGAUGUCAUCAUGGGCAUCACCUUCUUGGCAGCUGGCACCAGUGUACCUGACUGCAUGGCCAGCCUCAUAGUGGCAAGACAAGGACUGGGAGACAUGGCCGUGUCCAACUCCAUCGGCAGCAACGUGUUUGACAUCUUGGUGGGACUUGGUCUCCCUUGGGCUCUGAAGACACUGGCUAUCAACUAUGGUUCUGAUAUCAAGCUCAACAGCAAAGGGCUGAUCUUCUCUGUGGGACUGCUGCUCGCAUCUGUGUUUGUCACUGUUCUUGGAGUUCACCUGAACAAGUGGACGUUGGACAAGCGUUUGGGUCUCAUAUGUCUCCUCCUCUACGCCGUCUUCCUGUGUUUCUCCUGCCUCAUUGAGUACAACAUCUUCACCUUUGUCAACCUGCCAACCUGCCUGGAUGACUGAGACACACACACACACACACACACACACACACAGACACACACACACA